GAAGCGAGGAACAUGUUUUCGGCUCCGAGGAACAGGAGGAGCAUCAGUUCUCCGAUGUGGAAGAAUCUGACAAUGAGGAGGACGAGGAGGACGAGGAGACCACCUACCAUGAAGACCCACUGUCCUCUUGUUCAUCAGACAACCACCCAUCAACAGGGGGGCACUCGAGCUGCAGUCGGCGCUCCCAGCAGGGCACUCCUGAUCCGGAUCAUAGUCCGAGUCCCAUUCAGGAACUCUCCCUGCGUGGCAUCUGGCCCAGCAGGCGAGUGGUCUCGCCAGGCAGGAGGAGAGCACUGUUUUCCCGGCGGGGCUGGAAGGCCUGUCCAAGAGCUUUCUCCCCCAGCAGUGAGAGCUGCUCUCCCAGCCGCAGUCUCUCCCCUCGCCUGGAACUGUCCUCUCCAAUCCACAGCUUGUCCCCCAGGACUGAGCUGUCCUCGCCCAGCCUACACUUGUCACCGUCCCCUGAGAGAAGGCCAUCUCCCAUCAGACCCAUCUCUCCUCUUCGACCCACUUCACCCAGCUGCUACCAAGCAUCUCGAGAGCGGACCCCUCCACCACCACUGGGGGUGCAGCAUAAAACCCCUGGAUACUUGCCUUGGGAGAGUCCUGGUAAAAAAGGAGGUCCCAUCAAACUGGAGAAAAGUGGAGCAGCGGGAGAAGGGCCAUCAUCCUCAGAAACCAGUUUGUUCCCAUCUGCUUUCCGUCUUUCCACCAGCGAAAGUUAUCCCAUCGUACAAAGGUCAGACAACAUCUUCAGCCACCUCCCCCUGCACUCCCAACAAGCCAGGCUCCCCUACCUGAUGAUACCAAUCGGCGGUAUCCAAAUGGUACAGGCCAGACCCAGCUCCCACCCUACUACACCCUCAUCUCCAACAUCUCCCCCACUGGAGGGGCCAUCACUGGCCCGCUUUGAACAAUACUGGGGCGGGACCCCCAGAACUCAAAGGUUUAGGACUCCUGGAGAUAACUGGUCAGAGCACCAGGCAGCAGGAACCAGCCAGCCAGUGCAACACAGUCUUAGCACAGCACUUAUACGUUCCAAACCAGAAAUGGAGACCACAGACUUAAAGCAAUAUGGCAGCUCACAAAGCUCCGUCCACACCCACAAGUCUGCUGAUGAGACCACCGAACACGGUGCCAGAGACAGUAAAACACAAGCGCCCAGCUUCAGACUAGGAGCCGCCGUAGCCUCGCGUACUAUAGGACAGCCAACGGAGCAGGAGACUCUACCAUCCAGUAGUCAUCCGGUGGAGCAGGAAGUUAAAGGGGAAGCAGCAAGAACAGACCAGUGCACCUAACAGUGUUGACACCUUGAUGCAUCUUGCAUCCCGCUUUGGUUGCUACACUACUCUUGUUUUAUAUGGCUUUGUUUUU